AAUAGAUUACGUAGAGAUCGCCAGUGCAGGACAGUGCUUAACCCGCAGGUCCCCCUGUAUAACAAUGUGCAGAUAUCUCCAAUCAGGCCUAAAAUCCAAAUUUAGCCGGAGCGACGGAAACGACAGGCGCUUGUACAAUGUACGUGCAUGGACCAGUGAUUCAAAAGAGCUAAUUAUAGGUGAAAUGCAAUUCCUGUUUAUCACAACUGAUCAGCUGGUUACAUAUUUAUGAUGUGCGACAAGAGAGAUAUGCGGGUCUGUGAGCCGAGUACCGUUUAACAUAACAGCCUUGAUUCGCUUGACACAGGUAUUGUGGAAUACUGGGUAACUGAAGCCGUGUUUUUCCAACAGACACAAAGGGUUAGACCUAUAUACAGUGCAUUUAUUGAACUGCUUUCCAAAUACGACAACGACAGAAAAGGAUUCACUUCGACAUACCUGUAAAGUUAUCUAUAGUACAUGUAAAUGUAUGGGACGUCAAUUUCGUGAUACGAGAGCGGAUUGUGGACUCUUUUCGGCGUAGAGUAACAGGCAGGGGAUAACACAGUAUCUCCAAUCCGCUUCCUUUUACCCGAAAUUACUAAUAUACGCACACUAACAACGACAACAAGACAGUGGAAUAUAUUUGAGAUCACUGCUGCACGUGUAUGUCAACCGAACAGAACUAGGAAAAUGAACCAUUCGUCGAAUGAAGAUAAUCAUUGUGGAUAGAAAGCAAAAACCAUUUCCAUCCUCCACUAAUACAAGUGCCCGCGGCCUGGUAAUUGACAGUCAGCGACCAAGACCAAUUCCCACGUUAUAAGACAAUUGGAGAAAAAAAUCUUAAUUGGACUUGAGGGCAGUUUAGCUACUGGAAGCAAAAAUGGAAGGAUCGGAGCAGGACCGCGGCUGCUUGGCCUGUAUGGCGAGUGUACCGUGUGCGUCUCUGAUAGCAUGGAUUAUUAUGCUGGUAGGGAUAGGGGGCUUCACCGCCUCCAUGAUUAUUGGGGUGCGCAGACUCAGGGAGAUGUUAGCCGACCCAGACUGGAUGUAUAUGAUGGAGGACGUUACCAUAGGGAUCUGUGUAUCUGUGGUCGUGGUGGGAACCUUUCUCCUCGUCGUAGCCUCGUUGUCGUCUGGAAAAAACAGCAGACAUGUAUUUAGCACCACUAAGAAAAAUGCGUUUGGACGAUCGCUGAACAUCGUGUGUUUAAUCUUCGCCUACACUUUUCACGUGGUCUGGCUGUUGAUCUGCUGUGCGUUGACAUUGCCUCUCUUCCUACUAAUAUUACUGCGGAUACUGUAUGAGGAGUAUGCAGUGGAGUGUAUUAAUUUGCAAAAUUACGGCUUCCCAAAUAAAGAACCCAUAUGUGACGAUAGGUUGUACUUAUUUUGGACUCAGGGAAAAGAGAACUUGAUAUGUUUUGGAGCAACUUUCGUGUCUGCCGUCCUCGUGGCCAUUAGUAUGGUCCACUUCCUCAUUGCAAUUGGUGCUAACUAUAAGCAUUUAAAAGAGACGGUAUUUGCUACGUAUAAUGCCUAUAAUCACAACGACGUAGACGAUGUUCGCGUGUCCAGAAACUCAUUACUUGAAACUAAAAUGUGAACUUCUCUCUGAAGGCAGAAUACUAUGAUACAAUGUACAGUACGCACGUGAACGCAGGACACCACACGUAGCCCGGAGGUUAUAAUAAACACCGGCAAAAAUUAGUGCCAAAUUUGACGUUGUUGACGUGGUUUACUUGGAGUUCAUCGUUAACCUAUGCGAAGGUUAUCACAACAGUGGUUAAGCCUUAUUUGAGUCCUGUCGUCUCGGUAAAAUUAUUCCAAGUAAAUGAAUGCGUUAGAAGUGUACAACUUGUAUAUGGUUUUCAUAAAACGCUAUUUAAAUCUAGCUGCAAUUCACCUGUAUAACAAUACUCACGAGGUUUGAAAGGACACGUUUUGUCUAAGGUGUAGAUUAUAUUCAGUGAUGGAACAGGCACUGAUGACAGUGGACGAAAUGCACAGACAUUAAGAAAAGUUGGACAUGAUCGUAAACGUGAUAUAUAAAGGGGAAUGCGUUUGCGAGCUACAGUGAUGCAACGUGAGAACAACAGGAUCCUACUGUUUUUUAUUAUUAUCAUAUAGCAUGAUUGCUGGUCGUCAGCUAUAAAGUUAUGUUUUGAAUUCUGUGACGACGUGUAAAUCGCUACAAGUGCAGCUAAGUCGACAGCAAAACGAUCCACCCAUCAAAAAGACAAUAGAAGUAAAACGCCAGUUAACGCUCCCUGUGCUACGGGUAGCUAAACAUAGAGAGAUUGCACAAUUGGCAGAAAUUUUGAAUCAAUUUCGAAGGCAAAUCUCUACCCCCCCCCCCCCUCCCUCUACUCCAUUGCUUGUCUUAAAAUGCUCUUUUUGAUGGAAACGUACCGGGCGACACAGAAAAGUCUCCUGUGCCCUGCCCUACCCCCCC